ACACUCAGUGCAAGGACACAGGACAACAAUAAUCAGUGCAAGCAAAGUCAGUGUCAGCGUGGUUGAAGGAUGGGCGGACUCGGCAGGAUCUUCUCCCUCCGGAGGCUCCUGCUCCUGGUCCCCGGGUGCACCCUGGGCCUGCUGGUGGCCCAGCGCCUGCUCAGCCUGCCCGAGGCGGGGAGAUUGGCGGGUGGGCCGAGCCGGCCAGCCUUCGCGCCCCCCUUCAGGAGGCGGGCCGGUGCAGGCGGCAGCUGCCAUCCCGGCCACUACUCCGGCCUGGAGCUGGAGCCGGCCGCCCCGAGGCCGCCGCAGGAGCCGGGAGCCCCGGGGGCGUCAGGCAGCGCGCUGGUGCUCGCCGAACUCGGCACGAGGGAGGCGCUCCAGCGGUCCGCCAGCCUCCACCUGUACGGGUUCGACGCCUUCACCAGCGAACGCAUCUCUCUGCACCGCGACCUAGGACCCGACAGCAGACCCCCCACAGGAUAA